AUGGCGGUAGUGACAGCCCUGUGUCAGCCGCAACAGCCCUACGACUAUUACCACGUGUUGCACCUCCCCCACUCGCCUCCCCUCCACCCCGUGCUGCACGUCGCACCCCCCACAGACUUCACGUGCGCCGGAAGGCCGAGGGGCUACUACGCUGACGUCAGCGCUGGCUGUCAGGCUUACCAUUUCUGCUGGCGCCAGCACCUGGUCAGCACCGACCUCUGCGCAAACGGGACCCUUUUCAAUGAACAAUUCCAAGUUUGCGAUCAUUUUUACAACGUGCGAUGUGGAUCUCCGUAUGAAGACUUAUAAAUGUUAGUACAACUCAAUUUAUUGUAAUAUUUAUUUUAUGUUUUGUUUAUGUUUUAAUACAGAACAUCCUUUUUAAAUGUCUUU